AUGUCAUCGUCGCGCGUCGCCGUGAUCGGCGCGGGGGCAGCCGGCCUGGUGGCGGCGCGCGAGCUGCGGCGCGAGGGCCACGCGCCUGUCGUCUUCGAGCGCGCAGCCGGCGUGGGCGGCACCUGGCGCUACGACGACGCGGCCUCGGCGGACCCGCUCGGUGCCGGUGGCGUCCACGGGAGCCUCUACGCGUCCCUCCGCACCAACCUGCCCCGCGAGUGCAUGGGCUUCCUCGACUUCCCCUUCGUCGCCGAUGAGGGCUCCGUUGACCCGCGCAGGUUCCCCGGGCACCAGGAGGUGCUCGGGUACCUCGAGGCGUUCGCGCGGCGGUUCGAUCUCCUCAGGCUGGUCCGGCUCCAGACGGAGGUGGUCGGCGUCCGCCGCAGCUGUGACGAAGCAGGCGCCGCGGGCUGGAGUGUGUCGUAUUGCUCGAGGAAGCUCGCCGGCGCCGGAAGCGACCUAGAGGGGGAGCAGUCAGAGGUGUUCGACGCCGUCGUCGUCUGCAACGGCCACUUCGCCGAGCCUCGCCUGGCGGACAUUGCCGGCAUAGGCGGCUGGCCCGGGAAGCAGAUGCACAGCCACAGCUACCGUGUGCCCGACCCGUUCCACGGCCAAGUCGUGGUGAUCAUAGGAUACAACCCCAGCGGGAUGGACAUCUCGCGGGACAUUGCUGGCGUCGCCAAAGAGGUCCACGUCGCCAUUCGGUCAGCACCUGCUGAGAUGCAGAGUGCUACUGCCCAUGCCAACUUGUGGCUACAUCCCAUGAUUGAAUUUGCCGAGGAAGAUGGCAGCGUGGUGUUCCGGGAUGGCAGCCGGGUAAAGGCAGACGCAAUCGUACACUGCACUGGGUACAAGUAUAGGUUCCCGUUCCUGGAGGAGGAGGAUGGUAUAGUGAGCGUGGACGACGCUCGUGUGGGUCCGCUCUACAAGCACGUGUUCCCGCCACACCUGGCCCCUCACAUCUCCUUCAUCGGAUUGCCAUUCAAGUCGAUCCUUUUUCCAGUGUUCCGACUCCAGAGCAACUGGGUGGCGGGAGCACUGUCAGGAAGGAUUGAGCUCCCGUCGCCGGAGGAGAUGAUGCUGGAUGUCACGGCAUUUUACUCAAACAUGGAAGUCCGCGGAUGGCCCAAAAAAUUCACCCACAACCUGGGAGUGGAAGCAUGGACGUUUGAGUAUGAGGACUGGCUCUCAGAGCAGUGCGGUCUGAAGAAGAUGGAGGAGUGGAGGAGGGUGAUAUACGCCGCGGGGAGAGCGAGGGUGUCGGUCCGGCCAGAGAGCUACCGCGACGAGUGGGACGACAACCAACUGCUGGCCCAAGCACACCUUGAUUUAUCUAAGUAUAUCUCUGAUGUCACCUCGUCGAUGGCUACUUAUGAUGUAGCUUCUGUCGACCUCUCGUCCCUUCGAGCACAUGCGAUAAAAGAGAUCAGAUGA